AUGAAUAUUAACAACUCCGAUUACACCCUAUACCAAUUUCCCACUUCCCGACCUACCCUUGCAGCACUUGCCGUAAAGAAAAAUACAGCCUCCACUCUCGGUUUUUCUUCCUAUUCCACGUCUAAUCUCUGUAUUGUCCAGUGCAGAGAUCAGUCCACAAACAGAAAAUUUUUCCUCAUCUCCGUCUAUAUUGAACCCCGUCACGACGCUUUCAAUACUCUCGCGAAUCUAGAACACUUUGUUCUCGAUAAUCCGAACGCCUCUUUUAUUAUUUGUGGCGAUUUCAAUGGGUGGCACGGUUUAUGGGGCUCCAAAUCAAACAAUAGUAGGGGAGACCUGAUCUUUGACUUCAUCUGCAACAAUAAUCUUAUCAUUCACAAUACAGGCAACUCACCAACAUUUCACACAGUAACACACCAACUCCCACGCGAAUCAAUCAUUGACCUCACACUCACUAGCAAUUGCUCUCAUAUACAUUUAAAUAAUUGGUCCGUUAAUAAUAAUUUAAUAGUCAGUUCUGAUCAUUUUCCUAUCACAUUUAAUAUUUCUCUUAACAACAUAACAUUUAUGAAGAACAAGAAACUCAGUACAUUUAAAUAUAACACUACAAAUAUCUAUUGGAACGGAAUACUGGAUAAAUUUGCAGAUGAAGUCGGGAGAAGACUCCCUCCCAUUGAAACAGUUAAAUCUGCAUCCCCUCCAGACCUUGACUCUAUAAUUAAUAUCCUGACUAUGACUCUACAAAAGACAUGCGACAAAAUACUUCCUCGAUCCCGUCACGCCUCUCCUAAAGCUCCCUUCUGGAACGACAACCUACAAUCCUUAAAACAGAAAGUGCUUCACACUCACCACAAAUUGUGCCGUUUUGUCCGACGCAAACUACCCCUACAAGACGUCAUCGCUGAGAGGGACGCGGCUAGAAGGGAAUACUCAAUAGCUUUUUGUAUCGCGUCCACCGAACAUUUUAAAGAGUUUUGUACCAGACAAACCAAAGAGGAUGUCUGGUCCAUUACUAACCGUAUUAUUAAAACCAAACCCUUAACUCAACCACCCUCUACUCUCCGUCUCAGCGAUGGCUCUUACACCUCUUCCUCUAGUGACACUGCCGACGCUCUUAUCAAUAAUUUUUUCCCCGACGACACUACUGACGCUACUGACGCUCACCGAUCUACUAGGGCAUUAAUGAACCGACCUAUAAACUCCCCCUCUGAACCCAAGUUUACCCUGACUGAAAUACUAAAUGGACUCCGACAGAUGAACCACAAAAAAGCCCCAGGUAUCGAUCACUUGACGUCUGACAUAUGCCUACAGUUCGCUCUUAAAUUUCCCGACUUUAUUACGACUCUCUACAAUAGAUGUUUGACAUUAGAAUACUUUCCCCUACCUUGGAAACAUGCAGUUAUUAAAAUCAUCCCCAAACCAGGAAAAGACAAUUAUUCACAACUAUCCUCCUUUCGCCCUAUUGGGCUCAUAAAUGUCUUUGGUAAAUUACUCGAAAGACUAAUCAUUGACCGAUUGACCUUCCACUUGAACCGACUGCAACUAAGUAAUCCCCGACAAUUCGGCUUUAAACAGCAGACCUCCACUUCUGCAGCAAUAAUCACUGCACUCGAUUUAAUAAAAUCAAAGAAGGCCAAAGGCGAACAUGUUAUUGCUGUCUCGCUAGACAUUAAGGCUGCGUUUGAUAACGCGUGGUGGCCUGCUGUUUUCGCUCGACUACGUCACUACAACUGCCCCAGCAACAUUUACAAUAUCCUCCUUAGUUACAUUCAGAAUAGAACUGUAGGAAUUGACUUUUCCGACGCAUCUAUUACCAAACCCAUGUCAAGGGGUUGUGUCCAGGGUUCUGUGUGUGGUCCCACUAUGUGGAACCUUAUUAUGGACGAGCUCCUUGACAUUGACCUUCCUGCUGGGUGUCACAUCCAGGCCUACGCAGAUGACGUUUUACUGAUAACCCAUUCCCCUUCCCUUCCUGACCUACAGCACAUUACCAACUCCGCUCUUCACAUAAUUCAUAGCUGGGGCUCAAGCGUUAAAUUGCGUUUUGGCCCCGAAAAAACGACUCUCACCGCGUUCACUAAUAAGGCAAACUCAGUGAGUGUUGCUAUGGAUAACAUACAAUUAGAAUUCGUAAGUAGUUUUAAGUAUCUAGGUUUAGUCAUUGAUAAUAAGUUAAGGUUUACUUCACAUGCGCUUCACGUCAUUGAGAAGGCUAAAAAGCUAUUUCAGAAACUUCUAAUUUUCACUCGGCCCACGUGGGGGGUCCAUUCUGAUAAUAUCCGUGUUAUUUAUGAACAAGUCAUCAUUCCAAUCAUUAGUUAUGCGGCCAAUAUUUGGUCAGGCGCUCUGAAAUACAAAUUCGUCAAUAAAAAACUCCUAUCCUUUCAACGUCUUUUCGCCAUUAAAAUUGUACACGGUUUUCGUACCCUCAGCACCAUCACCUCCAUUUCUCUUGCCCAACUUAUACCUCUCCCUGAAAAAAUUAAAUCCAUAUCCACCAUUGAAACCUCCAAACGAUUAGGAUACUCCCCCUUCCUCCCUUCUGACAUACCGCUAGAGAAACCUUCGCCUCCAUCCGCUCUCUUACAUCCGGCUCUACGUGUUCCCAUUUCUUUCACUGAGAUAAACACAGUGGAAGAAUUCCAGGUUUUUGCCAACACCUAUUCCUACCAUCUAUUCACAGAUGGCAGCAAACACGAUGGCGUUGUCGGUGCAGCAUUCGUUGCAUUUGAUCCUUGCGAAGUCCAUAUUACUAAAAAAUUUAAACUCCACCCUUCCUGUUCUGUUUUUCAGGCUGAAAUGCUUGCAAUCCACAAAGCAUGCGAGUGGAUUGCCUCCAAUACCACUAAAAUUAAGUCCUGUGUCAUCUGCUCCGAUAGCAAAUCGUCUCUACAAGAACUUUCCAACCCAUAUUCCCAUAACACCUUUGCUGUUAAGAUUUUUGAACUCCUACAUUCUAUAGGAUUACGCAGUACAAAAAUUGGCUUCGCAUGGGUCAAAGCUCACGUGGGCAUCGCUGGCAACGAAAUCGCUGACGUUGCUGCGAAAUCUGCCGCCGAUCUUCGCAAAUCACCCGAUUUCCUUGACACUCCCGUUUCUUACAUAAAGCUCAAACUGCGCGACACACUCGUGGAUGCCAGGAAAAUGUUCUAUGAAACACCACUUACCUCCUGUCACACAAAAAAGUAUCUCCCAACUUUCGAUGACCUCUGCGCAUUCCUAUCCAUAGUUAAGCCCACUUUCUCUAUCACUCAAUUCCUAACCAAUCAUUCCUACAAUAAAUCAUACCUUAAUAGAUUUCACAUAACCUCCGAUGAUCUCUGCCCCUGCGAUGGUGCUGAGGUACAAACCUUUGACCACCUCCUAUUUUCCUGCCCUCGUUUUAGCAAAACCCGUCUUGACUUCAGUAUCUCAUGUAGCAAUAAUAAUAUCGACCUGAAACAGCCUUUCUUUCUCAAACACGUCAUAAAGAAAUGUGAACCAACUGAACUCUUUGUAAAACAUGUAGAAUAUAUUGUUAAUAAUCUUAAAACAUUUAAUUGUACAUAG